AUGCUUUCUCUAACGGUUUGCUUAGGCUUUCUCUCGGUCGUGGGUGCGAUUCCAGGUGCUCAAUUUCCUCACGCUACUCCAGCUCCUUACUAUGACGCUCGAUCAAAUUCCGGAUCUCAUGAUAAGAGUUGGAUAAACUAUACUGCUGUACCGGGGUUCUUUUUACAAGAUGAAGCGACGACUGUUCCAUCGACUUUCGAUUAUACUCAAUGGAACUUUGGUCUCCUAAAUCGAACUUAUCCUACGGAUUCCCGUGUCUCUAAAAAUGCAAGUCAAUGGGAAAGGUUUGAGAAAUAUGUGACUUCUUUAAAUAAGAACGCAAAGAAGAAUGUGAACUAUAAAGUUUUAUUCAUGGGGAGACAUGGUGAAGGAUGGCAUAAUGCUGCUGAGACUUAUUAUGGAACUCCUGCUUGCUAUUAUUCCGAGAUGGAUGGUAAUGCCACUGUCACAUGGGCAGAUGCUCAUUUAGAUCCUAAUGGGAUCACCCAAGCUCAAAAAGCAUCAAACUACUGGCUUUCCCGUAUUCAACUCCAAAAUAUUCCACUUCCACAAUCUUACUAUACUUCUCCACUCUAUCGCUGUCUUCAAACUUCCAACAUUACAUUCUCUACUCUUCCUCUUCCUAAAUCUCGUCCUUUCAAGCCAUUGGUUAAAGAACUUCUCAGAGAAGGGAUUUCCGGUCAUACUUGUGAUCGAAGAAGUAAUCGCACUUUCAUCCACGAAUCAUUCCCCUCAUAUAAAAUUGAGAAAGGAUUCGCAGAGAAUGAUCCCUUCUGGAAGGCAUUGGAGGGUGAAGUUUCUAUCGAUCAGGAUAUUAGAAGUAAGAAGGUUUUGGACGAUGUUUUUGGAAGUGAUGAUCAUACUUGGUUGAGUAUUACAAGUCAUUCAGGGGAAAUUGCUAGUAUUUUAAGAGGUAUGAGUUCUUUAUCUCUUUUCUUGAAUUUUUACCUUGGAUUGUCGGGGUUUCGAAUGGGUGGUAUAUCACUCGAUGCUUUUUUCGAUGCAGAGAUUGUCCGUUGGAGAAGAACUCAGACCUCGCUUGUAAAAAAUGUGCAAUCUAACCCAGCCUGUUCUCUCGGUGUCACCCUCAUCCACCAUUUUGCUACUUUCAUCCCAAGAUACCAGACGGUACUAACUCCAUAUCAUGCAGUUCUACAUCACCAAGUCUUCAGCUUAGUGACCGGAUCUAUCAUCCCAGUCUUAGUAAAAGCAGAGACUAUUUCCGGAAGUCCAACUUCAACUUCGUCUCUACCCUCCUCCAGCCAACACGGCUACCUCAUAAGGUGGAAGAAAAAGAAGACAUUUGAGGAAAAGUUGUAA